AUGUCUCAAUAUGAGAAUCUCGCCGCACCUGCCGGCAAUAUGUCAUCGACCAUUCAGCAGCCUCGCCAAUCUCUCCCCGCAAAUACGGCGCACUCCCACUCCCUCUCCAAUUCGCAGUCUCAACAACAACAAUCCCAACCUCCACAACACAAACGCGUAUACCAGGCUUGCAUUCCGUGUCGGAGGAGAAAGGUGCGAUGCGACUUGGGAAGUGUAGAUGACCCUCAUGAACCCCCUUGUGUGCGCUGUCGCCGCGAGAGCAAGGAGUGUUUUUUCAGUGCCACGCGACGCAAGCGCAAGAACGACGAUGACAUCGACGAGCCAGAGGAUGAGUAUACCGUGCGUAACGCUCGAAAGCGACCUCACUCCGAGGACACGCCUCCAUUUGUCGAGAGAAAAUCUUACAGCAGUGUACCAUUGACUCCGGGUGGUUCGACUGGUAGGACACAACCCUUACGACGGCCUAACACCGAUCGCGAGGACGGAAGGAAGAAUAGUAGGGGAACAAGCUAUGCGGACGCUGGCGAAGAUUCGAAUGCUCAGUUGGAGAAUCUCGAAGCGCAGAGUGUCAUGAGAAAGGAGGUCUACGGGCCCCACGACGCCCUCGACCUGCUAUAUAAGGCUGCCACCGAUAGGUCCGUCAGUCCGUCUCGUCUGACUAGCAUGGUCCGAAACGAUCGAAUUACUGAUUAUACUACCAGUCCGCAUGACUUGAACAGGCGCCAUGAAAAUAUCGCCUCUGUCGUUCAACCAUCGCCCGUGUCCGUUCCUGGGCGCAAGACACCGCGAGAUCACAGUUCUAAUUUCAAUGGUCGUCCAGCUGGUCGCGCGGCGUCCAAGUCAGUGGAUCUAAUCGAUCCACUGUUGCAAUCAUCGACCAAGACUGACGAAGUGGCUGAUAUGGAGCGUCGAUUAAAUGUCGAAGGCGAAGCUGGAUACCAUGAGGCGCUUGAAGCUUGGUCACGGUUCAGAUUUGUGAGAGCUGGAUGGUUUACGAAAGAGGAAGCCGUAAAAUAUAUAGUAUACUACUACGAAUAUCUAUCACCUAUGACGCCCAUCUCGCCGCCGACCUUUCGCAGCCCAUCCUCUCAUAUUACUUUGUUGACCGAAGAACCAAUCUUGACUGUCACUCUUUUAACCAUUGCCUCGAGAUAUUAUCGCAUCAGGACCACGGGCGGGCAUUGCAGGUCCCACGCAAUCCACGAAGAACUAUGGAGAUACCUUAGAAGGAUGAUUGAAAGGUGCCUUUGGGGACAAGAGGCCUUCGGCGGCGGUUUCUGCGGGUCUGGAGCCGACGAGUCACAGACUUCCAGCACAGCGCCGUGGCGGGGUCUGAGGAAAGGAAGUCUUCGUACGCUGGGUACAAUCGAGUCGUUGAUGAUCCUGACCGAGUGGCAUCCCCGCGCCCUCCACUUCCCCCCUGACGAGGCCAUCGACGAACUUAUGCUACCCUCUCGUAAUGCGCCACAUCCGGAUCUUGGUGACGAUGACGGCACUCAGCGUCUCGGUGGGAACGUCGGAGGCCGGAGGAUUGAAAGUUGGCUUGAACCUGCGUGGAGAAGCGACCGCAUGUGUUGGAUGCUACUUAGUAACGCAUUGGGACUUGCUUAUGAAUUAGGUGUUUUCGAUGAUAUCGAUGAGCUACUUGCAACUAACGCUAUCACGCGACCGGAGUACGAGGAUGAGGCAUAUCGCCUCCGUGCGACACGAAUCAAGCGCCUGCUGCUAGUCUACUUGACGCAGUUAGCUGGCCGCCUUGGAUGGACUAAUAUGGUCCCGGAGAGUAUCCGGAAAACCGACCCAGCACUCACUGGGAGGCGUCCGAUCUCCAACGAGGGAAAUACGCCGGGAACCACCCAAUCUGUUGUGUCCACUGCUUUCAGCUACGUGCCCAAUGUCGAGCUAGAUGACCAGAUCAUCCAUUGUUGGGUAGGAGUGAGCGAUGCCAUGCAACUGGGCAACGAGAGGCUAUUCCGAUCCCGCAAACAUACUACGGAACUCAUACAAAGCGGAAAUUACACGAGAGCGCUCAAAGAAUUCCAGCCGAUCCUGAAGAACUGGUGGAGGGAGUUCCAGCGCUUCGACAUGCCCGAGAACAUCCGUCACAUAUUGGCUAUCGAAUAUGAAUAUGUGCGAAUAUACGUCAACUCCUUGGCCUUACAGGCAGUCGUUGAACGCUGCACAGUCAACGCCGGAGCGUCCACUAAUGCUGCGCACGGGAAUAGUGUAGCUGUCGGAAACCCACAAUUAUCGCCUCAAACACAGAAUUAUCUUGGUAACUUGCCUCUUGGCCAUCUGGGUGGCUUCGGUCACGAAGACCAGGAGUAUGUCAAGGAAGUAGUAGAAGGGUGUAGAAACCUUCUACGGACGGUUGUCGAAGGUCUGCUAAAGGAAGGCUACCUCAAACACGCCCCUGUGCGAACCUACUUCCGCAUCAUCAGUGGAGCCAUGUUCUUGCUCAAGACAUUUGCGCUAGGUGCUCCAAAAUCAGAUGUAGAAGUGAGCAUCGGUCUUUUGGAUCGCACGGUAGACGCGUUACGAACCUGCGUCGUCGAUGAUAUUCAUCUGGGUACUAGGUUCGGUGAUUUGCUCGAGUCUCUGACAACGCGUCUCCGGGACCGUUUUAAAUACGCACCAGCAACAUCCGGCGAAGGUAAAAGUCCACGUACGAAUGGCGAGAGCAAGAUUAUCAUCACGAAUGGGCAUGGUCAUAUCCAGGCCAAUGGCGUCGAAAACGGGUAUCUAAGCCAUACUAAAUUCAGAGACGAGCUUAGUGUCCCUAGUAAGUCUUUUUUUUUUUUUUUUUUUUUUUUUUUUUUGGAUUUCGUGCCUGUUUCUCUUCUGGAAAAGAAAUUAAUGAGCCUUUUAGAACGUUCUUCCACGCCAUCUGGCAAUGUAUCGGCAACGCCUUUCGACCUGACUACAGGCAACUUCCCUUAUCCGACUGGGUCGGCCUCGGUGUUUGGACCUACCACGCCAGCGCUAAGCGGCAAUGUUGUAGAGACGUCCAAUAUGAACGAAAACAUCUUCGAAACAGGGGCUGACUGGACGGCGGACGAUCAAAUGUGGUACCUCCCGCCCGGCCCAGGUUUGUUCCAGAACAUGGGAGAAAAUUCCAACGUGACUAUGACAGACCAGGGAGUCAAUGUAGGAGGUGUAGACUUGCUCGAAUUUAUGGCCAUGGAUCACCCUGCGUUCAAUGGUCCGAUGGAUGGCUCAGGAUACUAG